AUGUCGAGCCACUGCGGUCGCUACGGACAGUCACUACGGACCAACCGGCUGACUGGUUUACACGAAUGUUUAUGUGACUACGGAGUUACUACGGACUGUCACUACGGACCAACCAUGCGACUGUUGGAGUAUUAUGAUCCUGGCCUACGUUCUCCACGCUCCAGUAUUGUUUAUAAUAGGCUUAUCACUGUUGAGUUUAUUAGCAACGGUAUCAUUAUUAGUGUUGAAGGCAAUGCUAAUGUUGUGAUUAUGACUGGUGUUGAUGUUGUUGAUGAAGACCUGUUCAUUUAUAUACAGUCACACAAAGUUAGAUAUAGCGCCAGUGUGCCUAUGUUAUUACGGGGGAACAGCAAGCGAUUCUGGGCCAGUGAAGUGCCAGCAGACGAAUUCCCCUACACGGCAGAGGGUCUCUCUUCUUCCUCUUCUUCUUCUUCUUCCUCCUCCUCUUCUUCUUCUUCUUCUUCCUCCCCCUCUUCUCCUUUUUCUUCUUCUUCUUCUUCUCCUUCUUCUUCUCCUCCUUCCUCCUCCUCCUCCUCCUCCUCCUCCUCCUCCUCCUCCUCCUCCUCCUCCUCCUCCUCCUCUUCCUCUUCAUAUUCCUCUUCCUCCUCUCCUUCUUCUUCAUCUUCCUCUUCUUCCGACGCACAUGCCGCGAAAGGCGCCCUGGUCCUUUACGCGAAGCCAAGCCCCGCGCGCCGCCUCCGCGCAGGCCGUCCAGCCAACAGCAUGUCAGGACUUUCCGGAGCGACCGAACUGUGGGUCGACCUCAUCGAAGACAGCGAGUGGCACGAGUGGGAGGAGCAGGAGGUCGCGGCCCCCGUGGAGCCCAAGGCCACCCCGCCCCCCAAGGCCACCCCGCCCCCCAAGGCUGAAGAGCAGACGCAGAAGCUCGAGCAGGAGCAGACGCAGAAGCAGGCUGAGAAGCAGACGCAGAAGCGCGAGCAGAAGCAGGCAGAGGAGCAGACGCAGAAGCGCGAGCAGGAGCAGACGCAGAAGCAGGCUGAGAAGCAGACGCAGAAGCGCGAGCAGAAGCAGGCAGAGGAGCAGACGCAGAAGCCCGAGCAGAAGCAGGCUGAGAAGCAGACGCAGAAGCGCGAGCAGAAGGCCAAGCAGAAGCAGGCGCAGAAGCCGGAGCAGAAGCGGAAGCAGCAGCCCGCGCAGCAGAAGCCCGAGACGUGCGGCGCCGAGUGCGCCCACCCGGCCACGUGGCUGGUGGCCGAGGUGCAGGAGGAGUUCAAGGGCGUGGUGAUCGGCCCGGGUGGCUCGAGGCUGUUCGACCUGACGGAGAAGCACGACGUCAGGGCGCGCAACAAGAAGGGCGACCCCAAGAUCCGCGUGUUCGGCCGCGCCUGCCGCGCCAAAGCCUUCGUCGACGAGAUCUGCAGCAUCGUGGAGCGCUGCAGGAGGGCGCGCGAUGUGGAGCGCAGCGGGGCCGAACCGAGGGCCAGGGGCGCGCGCCGGAACUGA